ACUUGAUAAAAAUAAGCCGAUGUGGGAACCUGUUAUCCAGGCCGGCCUAGGUCGAGUCACGCAACGGCAAUGGAGUUAUCAUUGCUGCAGUUGGAGCAACAUUGCUGCUGCUGCUGCCACUCCCGUCCAGACGUCCACACUCAAGGUUGCCAAGGUAUUGCGCAGCGAACAGGGCCAGCAUAUUUAAUUUAUUUCUCGGAGGGCAACAUUUAAUUAAAAUUGAGUUGUUUGCUAUAGCCAUGUCUCCUCGUCCACGUCCUUCAUGGUGCUUCCAAAAAAGGCGACAGACUCGGCUCCGCCACAAAUCUUUAUCUGCCGCCGAAUGCACAAAGAGCACACGCACAGACAGCCGCAGAUUGGCUUCCCUGCUUCUCUAAAGGCUCUCGGAUUUCUUGGUCGCAGAAGAAGCAGCAGCAGCUGCGGCAACAACAUCUGCCUGCUACCGCUUUCUUGUUGGCUGCGCACAUUAGAAGAUUUCUGGUUAUUUAAGUUGGUUUUGGCAUGAAGGAGCCUGUUUUUGCUCGCACCGUUUUGGUCAUGAUGGGCACUAAAAUAUUAUAUCAAAGGCGAGCUCUGCAAAACAGAUAUUUUGGGUAGGGUAGGUAGUUGUUGGCAUGGCACUAGGACUGGCCCAAACUAAGCUUUUGCCUCUACUAACGUGCCGGCCGGCUUUCCAGCUGUCUCCAGCGUUUCCCCAAAAACGAAACGAAACGUAAUAAAAUGAUUUGCGAAAACACACACACUCUCUCUCACAGACAGACCCGAUUGGGCUCCACGACGCUCGGGCACUCGGCUCCUCUGCUUCUGCUCCCACUGCGAGCAAACAACAGCCCAGUGGAGCGGCGGCCGUCAGUUGAUUCUCGCGCACCGAACAAGCCGCGCUUGAUUCUUUACUCAGAGCGGGGAAAUGGCUGCCGAUCGUUCUUAGGCGAGUGCAGAAACAGAAACAGAAACAGAGGACGGAAAAGAAAAGGUGUCAACGUUGUCAGUGCAAACAAGCGCAAAGUGUAAUCGUGUGCUUAAAAGUCAAAAAGAACUGAAAACCGGAUGCAAAACUAAAUUCUGUGCGUGGAUACAUUUCGUAAUUUGUGGGUCCGGGCUGCAGGAAGGCGACCCGUCAGAGGCCGUCGUUGGAAAAUGACCGGAAAUGCACACACAUCUAUGGAGGCAGAGAGAGAGAGAGAGAGAGAGAGAGACGACGACGACGACGAGAACAACUGACACGCCUGCGCACAGGCCAUUCCCCGUUUCAUGCCGGAAAAGCCUCUACGAAAACAUAUUUGUCGGAAAGCAAUAGCCUAGCCUGAUCAAUUUCAAAGAAGCUCUGGCCAGAAGAAACAGAAGUUUAGGGUUUCGUUUCACAUGUGUGUUCAAUCAAUAAAAAAAAAAGAAAUGUUAUGGCGGCGAUAAAUUGCGAUGCCACCGUACAACAAUAACAACUAACGGCAGCCAAGUGCAAAUAAUAUUACAAUUUGCGUUUAUGGUGGUAUUAAAACUAAAAAGUAAAAGCGUGUACCCCCAGCAAGUGCUGGGAGAGAUGGUCAACAGCACUUGGCACUCAUUUGCAUGGCGCUGGCGAAGCUCUUUGUUGCUUUCCGGCGACGACACGCGUCGCCAUUCAGAUGAGUCACAAUCAAAAGGCUUGGCCGGAGAAGGUGGAGGCCCAGGCCAAGGCACAGGCACUGCCCCUUCUGUAGGUGUGUGUCUUUGUGGCACACAUGUACAUAUGUACAUAUAACUAUGUUCAAUUCUUAGCCACAAAACAGUGGAAACCGCAAGUGACAGAGGAGGUAGAGAUAGAGGAAGAUAUAGAGAUUCACUUGGCUACACCCCGAGAAGUUCACAGUGCCAUUGGGCGCCCGAAACAGAUUUCGUAAUAACGUUUAAUGACAAAUACAGUACACAAGCGAGUGUAAAAAUGUAUAUACUCGCAAUCCCCUGUACCCAGUACUGUGUAGUAUAGUGGGGAAGAAAAACGAAAAGCAUAACGUCAUCAGCCGCUGAUUUUCCAUGAGUUUCCAGCCAAACGAAGCGUGCAACCAAAAAAUAAAAAAUUACAAAAAGAAAAACACGAUUCAAGCGCAAUACAAAUUGUAUUGUGUUUCGACGCGUAGCUGUUAGACGAUGGAAUCAAGUGGUGCUCCCGAGGCUCACGUAGUAUACAUACAUAUAUAGUUCAUCUAUUAAUAUCCCAACCAGAGCAGACAAAGCAGUCAAGGACCACAGCGGGUUGCUCGUCGGCGCCCUGGGGGAGUUUCAACCUCAACGGAGAAGGCGGUGGAGAACAUCCAGCUACACCUUCAGUCGGUCUCUGCUAGUGCGUGUGUGUCGUGUGUCUCCCAAAAUACUCGUUGUAUUGCUCUCUAUCCCUAGUGCUGAGCUGUAGCUACCCUGCAGUCCACUACUGGGUUCCGUUCCCCUUUGUGAUCCCCAUUUCCAACCAUUUACCCCGCAAUAAACAGUGCAUGUGAUCUUAUAAAAUGUGUUAUCUACUUUUGACAGCAAACUGUUAAUUUCUAAGGCAAAAAGGCAAAACUGUGUGCAUUCGAUGAACAUGACAGAUCCGAAUCCAAAAACAGCCGCCAGAGAAGCCACAAUAAAACCCGAGCGAGAAAUCAAACGAUCUACAGAACAAGCAUUCAACGCAUAUUAACGCAAAGCGCCUCAAAUUAACACUGAAAAACAAACAGAAAAAAAAUAUAACAUGGAUACAAUGGCAACUACUAAACGUCCAGAAAUGGAACAGUUUUUGUUGGAUGUGCGCGCCCACUUUCGUGCCUCGCUGGAGACAUCCGAGUACGAAAACACCUCGAAUCUCUUCCACAUGACGGCCUCCGAACAGACGGCGGAGCUGCUGGAGCGCUGCGAGCUGCUGCUGGCGGGUUAUGCAGACGCAGACGUCCAGGUGCCAGCUCCAAGCAUCAAGUCGAAUGGGAAUGGAAUGGGCGACUGUGUCGAUAGCAAAGUGGGCGCGGAGACCGGUCCCAGUUGCUAUCUGGAGAUGUUGUCCUCGCCAUCGUCGUCCAAGAACUCGCUGGCCGCUUCGCGGGAGUAUAUCGAUCUGAGCAGCAGUGGCUCCUUGGACAAUGACAAGACUUUUCGCUUCUCCGCCAACCAACCAGGAGCAGGUUCAGCGUCUAAGGAUGAUAAGGAACAGCAGCUGUAUGAGACCUGCCAGAGCCAGGGUCAGGGCCAAGACCAGGGCGAGGAUGAGGCGCAAAAGGUCAUAACCUUCACCCACGAGCUGAUCAUUGACUGUCCAUACGCGGACCUCCCCGCCGGACACCUGUCUCUGCAGAGAUCCACCAAAUACGGACAGCUUCAGCGGAUCGUACCAAAGCGCUUGUUCUUCGAUCAGACCAGAAAGUGCUACUGCGGCAUCCUCAACGAGUGGAUGCUCUGCUAUGCGGAUGGUCCGACUGCCUGCCGGCCCAGCAGCAGUCUCUACCUGAAAAGCUCCGCCAUUGAGAUCGAGCACUUUGGCGAGGGGAAGCGGCGCGACAUUUGCUUCCAGAUAACCACCGACGAUCCCAACAAGAAGUUCGUUUACCAGGCCAACAACGAGGUCGAUGCCAAAGAGUGGAUCCACGCCAUUGAGGCAGCCAUACGUGGCGAUGCCACCACCACUGUGCACCAGUCCCUGAAGAGCCCGCUUCCACGCAAACUGCCCACACCGCCAGUCACGAAGAGAACAAACUACUCAGCUACGCCCACAACAACGGACUGCAUUUACGAAGAGCCUUCGCCCAUUUACAACCUUACCGUGGAUUUGUCGGGGACGCCACCCAAACUGCCUGAGAAGACCCACAGUCCAAGCGCCCUGGCCAGACGCUUUGAGUAUGACGUGCCAAAGUGUCCACCGCAGCCGCUGCAGGAAGCGACAUCAUCCGUCGGGGAGGUGGAAACGAUGGUGCUACUUAAUGAUGGCGGAACCAAGGCGCAGACACAGCCACAACCACAACCGUCCAGUCUGCACGGCAGUCUGGUCAUGGACUUCCACGCCAAGGUAAAGACCGUCCACAGUGAGCUGUCUACUCAGCUGUCGCCAGGCGGUCCCAGUCCGGAGCGCCUGAAGAAGGCGGUGAAGAAGAGCUACUCCUGCGCAAGCAACAGCAGCGAUUCGGAAAUGCUGUCGCUGUCGCUGACGAGUCCUGCUCAAAGCCCCAACAACAAGGAGCAGAAGAAGCAACGCAAAUCUCAGACAUCCGCACAGACGAGUCCGCAGAAGAUGACGUCCACGCCCGGGAAGGACUGUGAUAAGUUGGCGAGGAAUUGGUUUCUCAGUCGUCUCAAUAAGAGCACAGGACAGAAGACAGCGAGCACGGCCAGCGCUGCGCCUGCCAAUACCAAGUGCAAGCAGAGCGAGAAGGAGAAUCUGCUGACAGAUCCGGAUCUCGGGGAGGGCUACGGCUAUGAUGGGGCACUUCCAGGCGAACGCGACCUGAGUUUGGCGAACAGCAGUCCCUCCUCCCCCAGCCUGAAGGCCGAGGCCAAGAGCAAAGUGAACAUGAUCAUCAAUCAGUUCGAGAGCAGCGGCCAUCUGUCCACCAUGUUCAGCGUGGAGGCGCUGGCGGCGAAUGCCCUGGCCUCGCUCACCUCCUUCUGCGACAACGACAGCUGCAGCAACUACGAGCCUAUCAUGCCACUCUCCACACCUCCCAGCAGCUUCCUCAAGAAGGUGUAGACCAAAUCCAGGUGCACUCAUCGCGAUCUUGCUCGUCUCGCCUCUGCGCUCGCUUCAGUCCUUCCCUGCACAGAUGUAUUGUAGAUUUAGUCCUUAAGCUAGUGGAAACCGCUCUCUGGAUGUCACAUUUUUAUACCGACAUACAAUUUUAAUAUAAAAGCAUAAUUGUUAACAUAAGUAAAAGCAUUCAUUAUUGUAUGUGGAUUUAAGUGUGGAUUUGCUUGCAUUUAUUCAAACCAGUUGCAGAGACGCAGGCAGAGGCAGAAGGUGGAUCAAGGCAGUAGCUCAGUAGCUGCCACUGGAGCCGCCAUGAGGAUGUGCCGGAUUAUAAUACAGUUAGCAGAUAAA